ACUCUUAGAGGAAAACAUAGGCAGAACACUCUAUGACAUAAAUCACAGCAAGAUCCUUUUUGACCCACCUCCUAGAGAAAUGGAAAUAAAAACAAAAAUAAACAAAUGAGACCUAAUGAAACUUAAAAGCUUUUGCACAGCAAAGGAAAUCAUAAGACGAAAAGACAGCCCUCAGAAUGGGUGAAAAUAUUUGCAAAUGAAGCAACUGACAGAGGAUUAAUCUCCACAAUUUACAAGCAGCUCGUGCAGCUCAAUAUCAAAAAACAAACAGCCCAAUCCAAAAAUGGGCAGAAGACCUAAACAGACAUUUCUCCAACGAGAUAUACAGAUUGCCAACACACACACGAAAGAAUGCUCAACAUCAUUCAUCAUUAGAGAAAUGCAAAUCAAAACUACAAUGAGAUAUCAUCUCACACCAGUCAGAAUGGCCAUCAUCAAAAAAAUCUACAAACAAUUAAUGCUGAAGAGGGUGUGGAGAAAAGGGCACCCUCUUGCACUGUUGGUGGGAAUGUAAAUUGAUACAGCCACUAUGGAGAAGAGUAUGGAGGUUCCAUAAAAAACUACAAAUAGAACUACCAUACGACCCAGCAGUCCCACUACUGCGCAUAUACCCUGAGAAAACCAUAAUUCAAAAGAGUCACAUACCACAAUGUUCACUGCAGCUUUAUUUACAAUAGCCAGGACAUGGAAGCAACCUCAGUGUCCCUCGACAGAUGAAUGGAUAAAGACGAUGUGGCACAUAUAUACAAUGGAAUAUUACUCAGCCAUAAAAAGAAACGAAAUGGAGUUAUUUGUAGUGAGGUGGAUGGACCCUAGUGUCUGUCAUACAGAGUGAAGUAAGUCAGAAAGAGAAAAAUAAAUACCGUAUGCUAACACAUAUAUAUGGAAUCUAAAAAAAACAAAAGAAUGGUCAUGAAGAACCUAGGGGCAAGACGGGAAUAAAGACGCAGACCUACUUGAGGAUGGACUUGAGGAUACAGCUUGUAAAAAUUAAAAUGAAUAAACUACGGCAAAGUUUUAGGAGAAAGAAAGAUGUUUAUGUUCCAGAGGCCAGUCGUCCACAUCAGUGGCAGACAGAUGAAGAAGGAGUUCGUACUGGAAAAUGUAGCUUCCCAGUUAAGUACCUUGGGCAUGUAGAAGUUGAUGAAUCAAGAGGAAUGCACAUCUGUGAAGAUGCUGUAAAAAGAUUGAAAGCUGAAAGGAAGUUCUUCAAAGGCUUCUUUGGAAAAACUGGAAAGAAAGCAGUUAAGGCAGUCCUGUGGGUAUCGGCAGAUGGACUCAGAGUUGUGGAUGAAAAAACUAAGGACCUCAUAGUUGACCAGACAAUAGAAAAAGUUUCUUUCUGUGCCCCAGAUAGGAACUUUGAUAGGGCCUUUUCUUACAUAUGUCGUGAUGGCACAACUCGGCGCUGGAUCUGUCACUGCUUCAUGGCUGUCAAGGACACGGGUGAAAGGCUGAGCCACGCAGUGGGCUGUGCUUUUGCAGCCUGUUUAGAACGUAAGCAGAAGCGGGAGAAGGAAUGUGGAGUGACUGCUACUUUCGAUGCCAGUCGGACCACUUUCACAAGAGAAGGAUCAUUCCGUGUCACAACAGCCACUGAGCAAGCAGAAAGAGAGGAGAUUAUGAAACAAAUCCAAGAUGCUAAGAAAGCUGAAACAGAUAAGACAGUUGUUGGUUCAUCAGUGGCCCCUGGCAACACUGCCCCAUCCCCAUCCUCUCCCACCUCUCCCACUUCGGAUGCUACUGCCUCUCUGGAGAUGAACAAUCCUCACGCCAUCCCACGCCGGCACGCACCAAUUGAACAACUUGCUCGCCAAGGCUCUUUCCGAGGAUUUCCUGCUCUUAGCCAGAAGAUGUCACCCUUUAAACGCCAACUAUCCCUGCGCAUCAACGAGUUGCCUUCCACUAUGCAGAGGAAGACUGAUUUCCCCAUAAAAAAUGCAGUGCCAGAGGCAGAAGGGGAAGCGGAGAGUAUCAGCUCCCUGUGCUCGCAGAUCGCCAGUGCCUUCAGCACACCCUCCGAGGAUCCCUUUUCAUCCGCCCCAAUGACCAAACCAGCGACAGUGGUGGCACCACAGUCUCCUGCCUUUCAAGCUAAUGGCACUGACUCAGCCUUCCAUGUGCUUGCUGCUAAGCCAGCCCAUACUGCUCUAGCACCCGUAGCAAUGCCUGUGCGUGAAACCAACCCUUGGGCCUAUGCCCCUGAUGCUGCUAACAAGGGAAUUGCAGCCACACAUUCGGGGACCGAGUGGGGUCAAUCUUCUGGUGCUGUCUCUCCAGGUCUCUUCCAGGCUGGUCACAGACGCACUCCCUCUGAGGCCGACCGCUGGUUGGAAGAGGUGUCCAAGUGCGUCCGGGCUCAGCAGCCCCAGGCCUCAGCUGCCCCUCUGCAGCCAGUUCUCCAGCCUCCUCCGCCCAGUGCCAUCUCCCAGCCAGCGCCACUUUUCCAAGGAAAUGCAUUCCUCACCUCUCAGCCUGUGCCAGUGGGUGUGGUCCCACCCCUGCAGCCAGCCUUUGUCCCUGCGCAGUCCUAUCCUGUGGCUAACGGGAUGACCUAUCCAGCCCCGAAUGUGCCUGUGGUGGGCAUCACUCCCUCCCAGAUGGUUGCCAACAUGUUUGGCACUGCAGGCCACCCUCAGGCUGCCCAACCCCAUCAGUCUCCCAACCUGGUCAAGCAGCAGACAUUCCCUCAGUACGAGACAAGCAGUGCUACUGCCAGUCCCUUUUUUAAGCCUCCUGCUCAGCACCUCAACGGUUCUGCAGCUUUCAAUGGUGUAGACGAUGGCAGGUUGGCCUCAGGAGACAAGCACACAGAGGUUCCUGCAGGCACCUGCCCAGUGGAUCCUUUCGAAGCCCAGUGGGCCGCAUUAGAAAGCAAGUCCAAGCAGCGUACUAACCCCUCCCCCACCAACCCUUUCUCCAGUGACUUACAGAAGACUUUUGAAAUUGAACUUUAAGCAGUCCUUAUGGUUUACGUAUUUUGUCUGUACUUAGGCAAGGGCGGAGGGUGGAGGUCAAAGGAGCAAAGGGGACUUUGUGUUCCCAACCAGUAUGCUUUUCACUAAUCCCAGAGGUCCCCCGGAGCAUGUCCAGGCAUAGAGUGCUGAAGGGGUGAUUGAAAAAAGUGGAGAAAACCAUUCCUAGAGAAGAGCUGUCUUGCAGUUAGACUAAAGAAGUUAAGGAAAUGUUACCCUCUGCCCCCCUCUUCCUCCCUCAGCCCCUCACAAAUCUCUGGCAACAGAGAGGCAGAAGUAUCUGAACAGGAACCUGUAUUCAAAGCACAUUUACUGGAAUAUAAAACACAACGGGAAGCAAAACGAUCUCCCUUUGUUUUUCAGGCCAUUCACCUGCCUCCUCUCAGUACUGGCCUGUCUUAAAGAUCAAAAACAGGGUGGCCUGUGCUUGGGCUGGGGACAAGAGGCAGGCUGUGCUGCCAGAAUUCCCAGGAGGGCGCAUCAGGAGCCACCCAGCAGAGCUAUAUUUUAGGGGUAAAGUUGAGCUUCCAUUUUGAGUAAGAAUAAAUAUUAUAAAUAUAUAUCAAAAAGCCAAAAUCUUUAUUUUUAUGCAUUUAGAAUAUUUUAAAUAGUUCUCACUAUUAAAAAGUUGUAUGAGUUGUAAGUAAUCUUGCCAAAGGUAAAGGGUUAGCUGUAAGAAAUUGUACAUAAGAUUGAUUUAUCAUUAUGCCUAUUGAAGUAAAAAGAGGAAGGGUUGGAAGUUGCAGACGGGAUCCCUAGCUUACGUGGUAUCAUUUACUGUAAGUAGCACAUUGCAACAACAAUCAUGCUUAUGACCAAUAUAGUCAACUAGGUUGUAGUUUUAAAUAAAGAGCAGUAUUGUCCUGGUUUUAAACCU